AUGGUUGCCUCUGGAGGACAACGGGACGAGGGUUUGUCGCAAGUCGGUAAAGGGUCCAUGCCGUUGUGUCUGGAGCAUGAGAGCUCAGCAUCCGUCCUCGUUGUCUUCACAGGCGGUCAGAUGGGGUCGCGUAUGGAUGAAAAUGGGGAAUUUGUGAAUGAGAAUGACACUCCAAGCAUGCUUAUACACGACCUGCUGAGCUUGCACCGCAUGGGCACGCGCGUUGACGUGAAGGAGUUUCGUCCUCUCGUGGAUGGUCCGGACAUAACGGACAGACACUGGACGACGAUAGCGUGCAUGAUUGGAGAGCACUAUCUCACGUAUGACGGGUUCGUCGUGGUAAUGGGAACAGACACUCUGGCAUAUACUGGUUCGGCUUUGUCUUUCAUGUUGGAAAAUCUUGGCAAGACAGUUAUACUAACAGGAGCACAAAUCCCGCUGAACCAGCCUUUCAGCGACGCGAAAAGAAAUCUGCUGACUUCCAUCUCUCUCGCCGCGUCGCUUGAGGUCCCGGAGGUCUGCACCUUCUUCGACAACAAGCUCUUUCGAGCAAAUCGCUGUAGGAAAGGAGACUCAGGGAGUCUGCGAGCCUUUGUCAGCCCCAACUUUCCUCCGCUUGCCACUCUCGGGAUCUCACUACACCUCAAGCACAACUUGGUUCUUCCGAUCCCCAAGGGAAGGUUUAGAGUGCACGAAAACAUGUCGACAAGGAUGGUGGUCAUCAAGAUGGUUCCCACCUUCGACAUCGACUCCAUCCUCCGUCUCGCAUCCGCUGGCACUGAAACGUGUCGAGCCAUCGUCCUGGAGCUCUUUGGCGGAGGCAACGUCAGUAGCCGCGACCCCAACCUCUUCCGUGCGCUUUCCCUUGCCAAAGAGAAGGGCUGUAUCGUGGUCGUCACGUCGCAAUGUGCUAGCGGGUCUGUCGCAGUCGGCUCCUAUGCUGUCAAUGAUGCCCUCAACCGUGUUGGUAUUGUGCCUGCGCUGGACAUGACGACUGAGGCUACCUGUGCAAAGCUCGCAUAUUUGUUCGGCAAGGGUUUGUCUCCGGAGCAGGUUUCUCGCGCAAUGCUGCAGAACCUCAGAGGAGAGCUAACACCUCUCAGUAGUCGCUUUGCUUCUCAAAGCCUUCUCAAACCUCGGCUUUGA